AUGACGAAGGAAGAGGAAGCGGGAUCUUAUAGCAUGAACGACGACACUAACAACAUCAUCAACAACGACUAUAUUUGCAGUGAUGAUUUCAACAAUCGUAAUAUUGGUGAAGAAGAUGAUAACACUAAUCCGAAGCACAAUAGCCAAGCAUGGGGCACGUGGGAGGAGCUGUUAUUGGCAUGCGCCGUUAAGCGACACGGAUUUGCUGAUUGGGACUCCGUCGCUUCGGAGGUUCGAUCCCGGAGCUCCAUCUCCGGUUUCCUAGCCUCCGCUAAUAACUGUAGGCAGAAGUAUCGAGAUCUCAAGCGUCGCUUUCAGGAAUCGUCCGGCGGUGAGAGCGAUGCGGCGGAGACGGUGGCGGAGGAUGGAGGUAAAAUCCCUUGGCUUGAACAGCUACGUAGCCUUCGUAUGGCGGAGCUCCGGCGUGAGGUUCAGCAGUAUGAUGUUUCGAUACUAUCGCUUCAGUUGAAGGUUAAGAAAUUGGAGGAGGAGAGAGAUGGAGACGAGAAACCAGAUCUGGAGGACGAGAGGAAAGGAGAGAGAUCGGGGAACGACGGUUCUGAAUCCGAACACCGUGAAAAGGCGGAGGAGUCUGAGCGGGAAAACAGGUCGAUGAACGAGUCGAAUUCGACAGCUUCCGGCGGGAAAACCGCCGGAGAAGACGAGAGAGUUGGCGGAGACGAACCGAGUCGGGCUCGCGAUGACUCGAUUAGCAAUAAUCCAGAUCCCGAUCCGGUUUGUAAGGCGGAGGAAGGAUCGGAAGCGAGUCACUCAGGCGAGUUGGGCGAGUCGGGAACGUCGGGAAGUGAGUGGAAAAGAAAACGACGGAAACAUGGUGACGGCAGCAAGAGUAAUCACGACAGCGGCGCCGGCGAGAUCAGAUCGGCGGCGAGUAAAUCACAGCCGUUGAUAGGUCUUCUUGACCUGAUUCGGUCCCAUCCGCGUGGAUCUUUGUUUGAACGCCGGCUUCGGAGCCAGGAGACCAAAGACUACAAGAGCUUGGUUAAGCAACAUUUGGACAUUGAGACGAUACAGCGAAAAUUGAAGCAAGGAUCAUAUGAGUCUUCAAGCCUCAUUCUUUACAGAGAUCUACAGCUUCUCUUCACAAACGCCAUUGUCUUCUUCCCUUCAUCUUCCCCAGAAUCAAUGGCUGCUCACGAACUAAGAACCGUUGUUUAUGAAGAAAUGAGGAAAGAGACUGGGAAAUCUGGUCCCAGAUUGAUAAACCAGGAAGCAUCAGCUGUGAGAAGUAUUAAAGCAGAUGCUGAAACAUCAGAAUCGUCUCUUUCGAGACAGAAAUCUUCGGGUCCUCUCGUCGUUUGUAAGAAGAGAAGUGUUGUUUCCGCUAAGGCUUCUCCAUCGUCGUCAAGCUUAAGCCAGAAAGAGGAGACGAAAGAAGAGAUAUUAUCUGAGGAGAAAGAGAACACUGGGACUGUUGUAAGAAGCUCUAGAAGGGCCAACAAAGUGGUUGCUUCUGCUGCGGUUAUAGCUAACAAUACCAAGACGGGCAAAGGGAAGAACACACAGAAACAGACAGAGUCGAAAACAAAUUCAUCAAACGACAAUACUAAUAAUGGUAGUGAGCAAAAGACAGGUAAAACAGAGAAGAAGACGAUUUCAUCAGAUAAGAAGAAGAGUGUGGCUGAUUUCUUGAAGAGGCUGAAGAAGAACUCUCCGCAAAAGGAAGGCAAAGAGCAGAAUAAGAGCGGUGGAAACGGCAAAAAAGAGAGUAAAUCGAAACCAAGAGAACUUAGAAGCAACAAUGUGGGUAAGAAAAAGAAGGCCGAGGUUGAGAUUACUCCGGUGAAAAGAGCUCCCGGGAGACCGCAGAAGAAACCGGUAGAGGCGGUAGCGACGACGGCAGCUGCAUCUGCCUCGGGAAAACGAGGUAGGGAAAGCGGAAGCACGGGAAAGGACAAUAAACAGCCAAGGAAAAGAACCAGAAGAUGA